AUGGACCACAUCUUUGGAGCUUCACUGGUACAAAGCAGAACUGCAGGCCCCAUUAAGUCCAGCUUACUGCUACCACGGCUUUCUCUGAAAUCAAGAGCAAAGGAGAGUGAUGAAACAAACAGCCCACCACCAGCGAGCUACCCCCAUAGGCCAUAUGUAUCCUACAAAGAGGAAGUGGACCAGUCCCAGGAACAGCACAUGGACCUUCCCACCCAGGGAGCCAGGUCCCCGGCCAGGCAGAGCCUGCCAGCACGGAUCAAGAGUGACAAGUGUCCCAGGCCAUCCCCUCCGCAGCCCAAGGCACUGUCUUCUUCAGAAAUACACCUCUGCUGGUCAAUCAGAACAUCCCUGUCACAGCAUUCCUGGUAG